CCACAACAGUGACCACAGACUCUACCACGCCAUCACCAACUACUACUACAACUCUACCACUGCCGACUACCACGACUUGGGUGAAUAUCGUGAGAAAGAUUUGUGAGAAAAAGUCCGUGGAUAUCGUGUUUGCCUUGGACUCAUCUGACGCGGUCAGUCCCAAUGACCUCUGGUACCAGGUGAAGUUUGUUCGCGAUUUCACCUUGGGCCUUGAUAUGGGGCCAAACAAGACCAGGAUUGGGGUGGUUGUCUACGGUGAUUCAGUAUCCCACGUCUUUGACAUCAAUGACCACACCAGCUUGGCAGCAGCCAUCAGUGACCUGUACAAGAUAGAGCAGAGCAAGGGAAAUGCCCGCAUAGACAGGGUCAUACACUACGUGCGGACAAAGAGUUUCAGGAGAACUGUCAGUCGGAGAGACUCUGCACAGCUGCUCGUGUUGCUGACUGGAAGUGCAUCCAACAGUCUGCACAAGGUCAAGAAGGAGGCACAGAUUGCCAGGAACACGGGAGUGGAUAUCAUGGUUAUUGGUGUUGGUGAGAAGGUCAACCUGGAGGAACUGACCAUCAUUGCUGGAGCAGAAAACUACAAAAAGGACAACCCCAUGGAUGAGUUUGCUCCGUUCUUGGACCCGUCGUCUGCCAGGAGACGACAAAUUUUCCACACUCAAUCUUACAUGGACCUAGAAAACAUCGUCAUGGAGGCAACUAUCGAAGCUUGUACUGCCGAGGCCGCCCCAGUACCAUUUGCUGAUCAGGCAUGCGGGACCAGACAGGAAGCUGACUUGAUGUUCGUCAUGGACAGUGCUAGCGCUGGCAAAAAGAACACGAAGAAGACCUUGAACUUCAUGAAAGAUGUGGCCAAGGCGAUGGACAUCAGCCAAGACACCGUUCAGAUUGGGGUCAUUCAACCGGACGAAUGUGUGCCUCAGCCAGAAUCCUUUGGACUCAACACACACAACAACAAGAAACAUGUUGUCUCUGCUCUCAACGCACCAGCCAAUGAUGAUGACAACCUGUCAAACUUAUUGAAAAAUAUGAGGAAAGAUGGCUUCAAAAAGACAAAAGGGGGACGAAAAGAAGCAAAGAAGAUUGCUGUUGUGUUGGUGGAUGGGGAGCUAGAGCACCCACUGAGAGUUCUGAAGGAGGCCAGACGGGCGCAGAUCCAUGGGAUAGAAGUAUAUGUGAUAUUUGUAGGCCGUGAGCCGCCACAGCAGGAGGUGGUAGAAAUGUGUGCCUAUCCACCCGGGAAACAUUUCCUUCAGGUGCCAGAUUAUGACAGAUUAAAGGAAAUCGAGAACAGUUUAAUCGAGCUUUUGUGUGAUGAAUUGUAG